AUGUUCUUUUCCAGCAUCAUAACCCUAACCACAGUUCUUGGCUUGGUAUAUCUGGUGGCCAGCCGAUUGAGGGAAUGGCAUCGGCUUCGUCACAUCCCGGGCCCCUUCUGGGCUCGCUUUACACACCUGUGGAUCAUCCGGCAUGUACUCAAAGGCCAGUAUAUCGACCAAACCAUUGAGCUACACGCGCGGUACGGCCCGGUCAUCGUCAUAGCGCCCGACUUUGUAUCUCUUAGCGACCCCGAAGAGAUCAAACAGCUUGGUAAAGUUCGCUCCUCUUGGGGCAGAGGAAGAAGCUACAUCGGGUUCCGGCUGUGCCCUGGAACGGCGGGCGACUUCGUCGUAAGCAUGCGCGACGAGAAGGCGCACGCUCGCAUGCGCGCGAAGCUCAUGCCCGGGUAUGCUGGCAAAACAAUUGAGGGCGUGGAGAAGAUGAUCGAUAAACACGUGUCGCAACUUGUCAGCAUCAUCGAGUCCAGAUAUAUCUCAGAACCGGGUACUAGCUAUCGUCCUGUCGAUUUCUCGCGCCUAGCGCAGUACUUGGCCAUAGAUAUUAUCACCUCAUUUGCCUUCCAGGAGUCAUUCUCAUGCCUCGAGCGGGACGACGAUUUCCACGGUUAUAUAACUUCAGUGAGCAAGGCAUUUGCUCCUCUCAUAUCGCUAUCUUUUCUCCCACUUUACCAGACUUUGAUGGACACUCCAGCCUUCAACAUGCUGUUUCCGGACGGCGGUUUCUUCCCCCGCGUCUUGGAGGUGGCUCGGCGUCAAGUAGGGAAAAGAUACGGCAAGCAAGCCCACGAAUUGAAAGAUCAAAACGAUGUUCUCAGUACAUGGGUUGCUUCCGGGAUGAGCGAAGAGGAGCUUGUGAAUGAAACUGUUGCCCAAUUAGGGGCUGGAGGCGAAACAACCGGCACCGGAGUCCGCGCGGUGAUGCUUUACAUGAUGACAUCGCCGCGUUCAUAUCAGGCUCUACAGCGAGAAAUCGACGACGCACUACAGACCGGCACUGUCACCUCAUGCCCGCCGUCCGAGGAUGAGGCUGCCAAACUACCAUAUCUGCAAGCAGUUUUGAAGGAGAGCCUUAGGUUACUGGUGCCUGCAGGGUUCGUGCCGAGGUGUAGCCCCAAUGAUGAAACCCUGUGCGGCUACAAGAUUCCAGCUGGAGUGAGUGUUGACUUGGCAUACAAGCCUGCUCUUCGCACCAAGGAAAUAUUUGGCGAAGACGCUGAUUUCUUCCGCCCAGAGCGCUGGCUCGAAGCUGGUGAGACCGAACGCACGCAGAUGGAUGAGACAUAUCGAUUCGUGUUUGGUGGCCCAAGCCGAUGGGAGUGCCUCGGCAAAGGUGUGGCGUUGAUGCAAAUGCACAAGGUGGUUUUCGAAUUAUUCCGUCUGUUCAACUUCACGCUCGUGAACCCAGCCACUCCAUGGAAGGCUGCCAACACCCGAGUUUGGACAGUAAAUGAUUUCUUUGUACAGAUCACCAAGAGAGACUUGGCGGAAUCGACUUGA